AUCAGUGAGCCCUCUGAGGGGUAGGCUAAUGCAGAGACUGCUGUUAGUGCCUUACCAGCGCUGCUCUCACCACAUGAUGGCAACUCUCUCACAGACAAAGGAAAUCUUCCGGCGAGCAGAAGCUGUCUGUUUUGAUGUGGACAGCACAGUCAUCAAAGAAGAAGGCAUAGAUGAACUUGCCAAGUUUUGUGGUGUGGGGGAUGCAGUCACUGAAAUGACUCGCAGAGCGAUGGGCGGCUCGAUGACAUUUAAAACGGCCUUGACUGAGCGUCUGUCCAUCAUCCGAUGCUCAAGAGAACAAGUGAACAAGCUGAUAACAGACCACCCGCCUCAACUGACUCCAGGCAUCAGGGAGCUGGUGGACCGUCUGCAUCAGCGCAACAUAAAGGUGUUUCUCAUCUCAGGCGGCUUCCGCUGCAUCGUUGAACACGUGGCCGCUCAGCUAAACAUUCCUCUGCAUCACGUCUACGCCAACCGGCUCAAGUUCUACUUCAAUGGAGAGUAUGCUGGUUUUGAUGAGAGCCAGCCCACAGCUGAGAGUGGUGGAAAAGGAAAAGUCAUCAGCAUGUUGAAGGAACAACAUGGCUUCAAGACCAUAGUGAUGAUUGGAGACGGAGCCACGGAUCUAGAGGCGUGCCCUCCUGCUAGCGCCUUUAUUGGAUUUGGGGGGAACGUCAUCAGGCAGCAGGUUAAGGAGAGGUCUUCAUGGUACGUGACAAGUUUUGGGGAGCUGCUAAAGGAACUGGAAAAGAUUUAAGGAAGCUAAAAACAGUACUGUUACUAAUUUUAACAUUUUAUACUUGCACCUACUGUAAGGAUGUGCCUCUUGAUGGUUUUAUUCCCUGCACAUUUUUACCUUCCCUUCUCCUUUCCUGUCUAGAUUUUUAUAAUGAAUGAAAAUGUUUACAUUAGUGAAAUCAAUUUUACAUUCAUGGAGACAUCACCCUGCUAAUUUUUAUACUAGAAGAUACUAAAAAAACAACUAAACACUGUGUAUGUGGAGGCUAAGAAGAUUAUUUUAGUGUUUUUUUGCACUUUUUGCAUCAAAGCUUUUUAGGUAAGCUAAUACAACUCCUGCAUAUUACGACAUGUGCAGUGAAAAUGUAAUAUAUCUGUAUUGGAACUAAGAGUUGUAACCAGACAUGUCAAUGAGUGGAAAGUCCUGUAAAGAACAUCAUCAUUAAACAGAAGAACAUGCUGUCAAA